AUGACAGAUGGAACGCACCUGCGGAGGCGAGGGGGACCUUAUAAAACAGAACCGGCCACAGACCUGAGCCGCUGGAGGCUGACCUCUGUGGAGGGCAGGCAGACCUGGGACUAUGUGGAGGAUCAGGACACCCCUGACAGAGAGCAGACCAUGAUGGAAGCUCUUUCUUUGGGCUUGGACACUAGCAAGUUUGUUCCUGACUCCCCAGCUGCAAAAACUGCCCUGGAUGCAGCUAUGAAAGGCAUGAAGUUCUACAGCCGCCUCCAGGCUGAGGACGGUCACUGGGCUGGGGACUACGGUGGACCCCUCUUCCUUCUCCCAGGUCUCCUUAUCACGUGUCAUGUGGCAAAGAUUUGUCUACCGGAGGUGUGGAAUUUGGAGAUGGUGAGGUACCUGCGCUCUGUUCAGCUGCCAGACGGUGGUUGGGGUCUACAUAUAGAAGAUAAGUCCAGUGUGUUUGGAACGGCGCUGAGCUACACCUCGCUGAGGAUUCUGGGAGUGGGUCCUGACGACCCGGAUCUGGUUCGUGCUCGGAACAACCUGCACAGUAAAGGUGGUGCCACUGGGAUCCCAUCAUGGGGUAAAUUCUGGCUCGCUGUUUUAAAUGUCUACAGCUGGGAGGGAAUGAACACGUUACUGCCAGAGAUGUGGCUGUUUCCUGACUGGAUGCCAGCUCAUCCCUCAACCCUUUGGUGUCACUGUCGGCAGGUCUAUUUACCUAUGAGCUACUGUUACGCUGUCAGACUGACCGCAGAGGAAGAUCCGCUAAUUCUCAGCCUCAGACAGGAACUGUAUGUCCAGGACUACGCCACCAUUGACUGGCCCGCUCAGAGGAACCACGUGGCAGCAUGUGACCUGUAUACGCCUCACAGCACACUGCUGACUGUUGCCUACAUGGUGUUGAAUGUGUACGAAGCCCACCACAGCACCACACUCAGAGAAAAGGCUGUCAAAGAGCUGUACGAGCACAUCCAGGCUGACGACCGCUUCACCAAGUGUAUCAGUAUCGGACCGAUCUCCAAGACUAUCAACAUGUUGGUCCGCUGGCACGUGGACGGACCCUCCUCUGCAGCUUUUCAGGAGCACGUCUCCAGGAUCCCUGACUACCUCUGGCUGGGAUUGGAUGGAAUGAAAAUGCAGGGAACAAACGGCUCGCAGCUCUGGGACACUUGUUUUGCUGUUCAGGCUUUUCUUGAGGCCGGGGCCCAGAAUGACCCCAAACUGUCCGAGUGUCUUCGAGAGGCCCAUCGAUUUCUCACGAUCACACAGAUACCUGAAAAUCCUCCUGAAUACCAGAAAUACUACAGGCAGAUGAACAAGGGAGGCUUCCCCUUCAGUACUCGUGACUGUGGCUGGAUCGUGGCCGACUGCACAGCUGAAGGCCUGAAGUCGGUGAUGCUGCUGGAGGAGCUCUGUCCCUCCGUCGGGCAGCACUUUACCUCAGAGCGCCUGUAUGAUCCCGUCAACGUGCUGCUGAGCAUGAGAAACAAAGAUGGUGGAUUUGCCACGUAUGAAACAAAGAGAGGAGGAAGACUCCUGGAGCUGCUCAACCCCUCCGAGGUGUUUGGUGACAUCAUGAUUGAUUACACAUACGUUGAGUGCACGUCUGCUGUAAUUCAGGCUUUGAGGCACUUUCAGAAGUCCUAUCCUGAUCACCGUGCUGAGGAGAUAAGAUCCACUAUAAGAGAAGGUCUAGAGUACUGCAGGAGGGUGCAGAGGUCUGAUGGAUCCUGGGAAGGGUCCUGGGGAGUGUGUUUCACGUACGGAACCUGGUUUGGCCUCGAAGCCUUCGCCUGCAUGGAUCACACUUAUGAGAACGAGGAGGUGCCUGACGAGGUGCAGAAGGCUUGUCGGUUCCUGUUGGACCGGCAGAUGUCAGACGGAGGCUGGGGGGAGGACUUUGAGUCGUGUGAGCAGCGGCGCUACGUCCAGAGCAGCACUGCUCAGAUCCACAACACCUGCUGGGCUUUGCUAGGACUCAUGGCUGUCAGACAUCCUGACCAGCUGGCCAUUGAGAGAGGAGUUCAGUUGUUGGUUGAGAAGCAGCUGCUCAAUGGAGACUGGCCACAGGAAAACAUUGCCGGUGUCUUCAACAAAAGUUGCGCCAUCAGUUACACCUCCUACAGAAACGUCUUCCCGGUCUGGACCCUCGGACGCUUCUCGAGGCUUUACCCGAGCAGUCCCCUGGCUGGGAAGCUGAAGCUGUGAUGAACUGCAGAACAUCAAAUUUUACUCUAGUUAAGACUUUUAUUUUGCA